CCCCCCCCCCCGCAGGCCUUUACAGUCAUCGACCAGAACCGGGAUGGCAUCAUCGACAAGGAUGACCUUAGGGACACCUUUGGUGCCAUGGGGCGCCUCAACGUGAAGAACGAGGAGCUGGACGCCAUGAUCAAGGAGGCCAGCGGCCCCAUCAACUUCACCGUGUUCCUCACCAUGUUUGGGGAGAAGCUCAAAGGGGCAGACCCCGAGGACGUCAUCAUGGGGGCCUUCAAGGUACUGGACCAGGAUGGGAAAGGCAGCAUCAAGAAGAAGUUCCUGGAGGAGCUGCUGACCACCCAGUGUGACCGGUUCACCCCUGAGGAGAUCAAGAACAUGUGGGCCGCCUUCCCCCCAGACGUGGCCGGGAACGUCGACUACAAGAAUAUCUGCCACAUCAUCACCCACGGCGAGGACAAGGAAGGGGAGUAGAGGACCCCCCGACUGCCCCCCGGACAUCUUGGGGUCCCCCCCUGGCGCCCUCUGGACCCUGCCCCCACCCCCGAGUCCGCCGGCCCCAUAAACCUCUGGUUUUUUUUCAUG